CAGGCUUUCUAGUCGACACACAUUAAGAGAGAGCUAGCUAGAUAUGGCAAGCCUGCAGCAGCAACAACUAGAGAGUGAUGGAGCCGCCCCGCCGUCUAGGGGCGGAGGAAGCAACCGCAUAGUGGCUCUCAAUGUGGAGGAACUCAGCCCUCCACCGUUGUCCUUCGACAAUAACAACAACAGUAAACAUUUUGAUCAUCUUGGUCAAGAUGAGCCAGCUGAUCAGAAACCUGGAUGGCGAAGGUUCUUGUCUCAUGUAGGUCCUGGUUUUCUUGUCUCCAUGGCUUACCUAGAUCCAGGCAACAUGGAAACUGAUUUGCAAGCGGGCGCUAGCUAUGGAUAUGAGUUAUUGUGGGUGAUACUGGUUGGAUUAAUAUUUGCCCUCAUAAUCCAAUCUCUUGCUGCUAAUUUAGGUGUUAGCACAGGAAAACAUCUGGCUGAGUUAUGCAAAGCUGAGUAUCCAAAAUAUGUGAGAUACUGCCUAUGGUUACUGACAGAACUGGCCGUCAUAUCUGCUGAUAUACCUGAAGUGAUCGGAACAGCCUUUGCAUUGAAUAUUCUAUUCAAGCUCAAAGUAUGGAUCGGAGUCCUCUGUACAGGCCUCAGUACUCUCUUGUUUCUUAGUCUGCAGAGAUAUGGGGCAAGGAAGCUGGAAGUUUUGAUAUCAGUGAUGGUGUUUGUAAUGGCUGCAUGUUUCUUUGGGGAAAUGAGUUAUGUGAAGCCCCCAGCAGGCGGUGUAUUGAAGGGAAUGUUCGUGCCAAAGCUCAGUGGCCAAGGAGCCACCGGCGCUGCCAUUGCCCUGCUCGGUGCACUUGUUAUGCCGCACAAUUUGUUUCUUCAUUCUGCUCUUGUACUUUCUCGUAAAGUACCCAAAAAUGUAACAGGCGUCAAUGCAGCAUGUCGCUAUUUCCUUGUAGAGAGUGGAUUUGCAUUGUUUGUUGCGUUUUUGAUCAACCUGGCAAUGAUAUCGGUAUCAGGCGCCGUUUGUUCCGCCUCAAACCUUUCUCAAGAAAACCAAGAUCAUUGCAACAAUCUCACUCUCGACACUGCUUCUUUUCUUCUCAAGAAUGUAUUAGGAAAGUCUGGCAAAAUCCUCUAUGCCAUUGCCUUGCUUGCCUCAGGACAGAGCUCUGCAAUCACAGGAACCUAUGCAGGACAAUUCAUAAUGCAGGGCUUCUUAAAUCUUAGAAUGAAGGGGUGGAAGAGGAACUUGUUAACAAGGAGCAUUGCCAUUGUACCAAGUCUUUUAUGCGCCACCAUUGGUGGAGCUCAAGCAGCAGGCGAAUUGAUCAUCAUUGCAUCGAUGAUUUUGUCCUUUGAACUCCCUUUUGCUCUCAUCCCACUUCUUAAAUUUAGCAGCAGCACCACCAAGAUGGGACCGCACAAGAAUUCACUAGUUAUCAUUGUGAUAUCUUGGAUACUAGGCCUGGGAAUCAUUGGCAUCAAUGUAUAUUACCUGAGCACAGGCUUUGUGGGUUGGUUGAUUCACAGCAAUUUACACAUGGUUGGAAAAGUGUUCAUGGGAAUCCUUGUUUUCCCUUUCAUGGUAAUCUAUAUUCUUGCUGUAAUCUAUUUGACCUUCCGAAAGGACAAGGCGGUGACAUAUGAGGAACCUAUGAAGCCAGAUCAGAUUGAAAGUGGGAUUGAUGAGAUGGACCGUGCUGUCCCUCAUAGAGAGGAUUUGGCUCAAAUUCCAUUGCCACAAUAGUCAUUGCCCCAAUCGCAUGACCCUUUGUAAGAUGCACUUGUUUUAAGAAGAGUAUGUUUCUUGCAUUUGUAAAAUGGAUGUGGAAUGUUUCAUGUCGGAUUCUACUUGUGUUUGUUUAGCUUAUCUACGUUGAUGAAUAAAAGAUAGAACUUGAU